ACCCACCUUCACGCCUUCACAAGCGCGCGGACUUGCAACAGCCGUCCACAAGUUCUUGAGUUCUUGAUGUGCGCGAGUUGAGACAUUUUUGUUGUACUGAGGCAAGUGCAUGGUGGGCAAGUGUGAUCAGUGCAAGGUGCAAAGCCCAACUGCAAUGUUCGUUAAGGAGGCUCCUCUGGGCCGUAGAAAGCAAUAGUCCUUCGCCUGUGGCAUCUAGAUUCUCAGUGUCAUGUCUGCUUACGGGCCGCGGCUCCCAAAAGGUUUCAAAACCGCAUCUGCCGGUAGCGAAGAUGCUGGAGAAAGCAGCGAAUCAACAACCACCGUCAUUGGACCGGUGCUACCGCCUGGCUUAAAACUGUCUGGGCAGGACGUCGAAGCCCCGGCGCCUUGUAGCGAAAGUGCGCAGGAUUUGUACGGGCCACGUUUGCCGCCGGGGUUCACGGACACAUCACCUAAACCAGGCAUCAUCGGACCCGUUUUGCCGCCUGGUUUUUCAGUGACUUCUCAACAGGACGCUGUUGACAGCGACAGUGACGAUUCGGGUGACGUUAUCGGCCCGAUGCCAUCUGAGGCUAUUGGGGAUGACUACACAGACGACACUGCUGCGAGGGAUUUUGACCGUAGAGCGACCAAAAUGAAAAGGCGACUCGAGGGAAAGGAUUUGGAAACUGAACCCCGCCGAGAAGAGUGGAUGACAGCAUUGCCAGACAACUUGGGCCUUCGAAUUGGCCUGGGGUCCAGGACAUUUCGGAAGAACAUGGAGGACCCGACAGCUGACCGCUCCGCUUGGACAGACACACCUGCAGACAAAGUCAGAAAGGCAGAGAAAAAGUCGAAAAAGGAUGAAGAUAGAGUCGAGACCUCGCGCCAUCAGAAGCGACACCACCAAGAAAUGGAGCUUGAGGAACAGCUGAAGCAAUACAAUAAGGAAAAGAGGGCAGAAUCACUUCUCGAUAUGCACAGGAAAAAGAAGAAAGAGGAAAAAAAGAAUGAAGUUAAAGAACGGCGGGAGUUCAGUCGUGAAGAAGACCUGAAAAUCAGCCGGAUUGACCCAAGAGCCAGCAAAACAUUGAUCAACAAUGCUGCUUUCCUGAACUCAAAGUUUUCAUCUGGUGAAAGGAAGUUUCUGUAGCUUCCAUGAACUCAUCUGGUACUAUUCGCUCUUUCCAAAGAAUACAUUAACCAUUUCUUGAAUAAGUGGCUGCUCGCUGAAUUUGUGGCCAGUACAGAAGCUCUCUCUCUGCCUGCCAGUAUUGAAGGCUUUACGUUUUCCGACUUUAGGCGAGUUGCUGACCUAUUGUUUGGACAUGGGCGCUGCCUCAAAAGUGUCUGAAUAAUCGAACAGUCUGGAAAAAACGAGUUUUGAUGGUAAAAUCAAUCACCAUUUUUUACAACCUCAACAAAGCAGAGGAUUUGUUUGGAGAAUUUCGCUGAGUUGCACUUUAUUGCAAUAAUAUUCUUAGGGGUGGCCGAUUUGUGACAUGCUGACAAUUUGGUGGUUGGUGCUAGGAUGAGUACAAGUGUGCCAAUCUCUUGUGUGCACACUUUAGUUGUACCAUUGCUGCAGCGUUUUGCAGCUUGCUGUGUAAAUGUAACCUCUGUAUAUAGUUUCUCCUCGUAAUGAUAUCUAUUUAAAAUUUCCUGAUGGUUGAGGCUGCCGGUGUGUGUUUCGACUUUGCCCGUUGCUCAGCCCAGUGUGUCUCACCGAUUGUCGUGAAGUGCAGAUAUCAUGUAUGCAACCUUGACAUCAUGAUGCUGUCAGUUAAAACAUUUUUAAAAGUUGCAAUUUUCCCAAAUGCGAACUUUGCAUUGCUAUAGCAUCUUGUAGAAGACUGAAUUAUUCUUGGCUAUACUCCGUUCCAUACAUAGCAGUCAACGUUGUGGAACCUACCUAAGAAGUUCGGUCAAGAAAUGUUAUCACUCCGCGCGUUCCGUCCAUGCUUCGUUGUGCGCCAACAGCAUUCGCUCACGCGAGCAUGUACGUGAGGCUCCUCGCGACGGAUUGCAAAUUAAAAAAAAAAAAAAAAAACUUGAAGACAAUAACAAUAAAAAUGAUCUCAAACAAUGCAUUAUUGGCUAUAUACCGUAGUGCGUUUGUUUCUCAGUAUUAAACUUGUUUCUUUCAAUACUGAACCUAUAUAAAAAUAAACUGUUUGUGGAAUUGUGGUAAAAAUACAUUGAACUAUAUCCCAAUGCGAACGAAGCCACUGCAAGGAGUCUCUCUAUAUAGCCUCCACAGUCUUGACUGCUGUGUGUGGAAUGGAGUAUAGACUUCUUGUCUUGGCAGCAUGUCUGCCGCACUUGAAAUGUCAAAAGUGAGAUUGCACAAUGUGAAGCUCAAACCCCAUGACAGCAAUUUUGUGUAUGCCAGCAACGAGCGACGGCUUCGAGUGAGUGAUAAAACUAGCCGUUGCGGGGAGCAGAUCGCUCGGUUUUGGAAAUGUCGAAUUCGUCGCUUGUCGCCCGGAAGUGCUAUAAGUGACUAGCCAUAUUACCCAAUAGCGCGAAGCUAUAACAGGAUGUUCAACAGUGAGACUAUUGGUUGUCACAUAAAACAAAGAAACGACCAAAUUUUGAUACAUGCAAGCAUAGACCUACUCCAAGACCUUCAUAAGUACUUCAUGUUGCUCUUUACAGUAAAACAAAUCAACUUAUUAGAGCAUUCAUCAUGCCAGUUUCGACGUGUAUUUGCUGCUCUCAUACCUGCAAAACUAUGGAGGCGUUGCUCAAAGUCGUCGCUCUUAUGGGUUUGAAUUUGUACUCAACAGGCAGACGCAACGGCCAUCUCUGUCGCAUUGCUUAUCGCUGUCACAUGCUAGGUUGCUUGCAUGGGGUUUAUACUUGAAACUAGCUGCAGUCGUGAAGAUUGAGCAACACACUAUGACAGCCAAAAUUUUGGUCACUGUUAUAGAUAGGUACCACGGAGAAGCGUGAAUAAUUUGCUGGUCUGAAAAAUCAGAUGUAUGUAAAAUUCAAAAUGUGGACUAUCACAAAACUUGUUUGGCAGUGUUCAAAAGAAAUCUUUGCCAAUAUUGAACCGAGGGUGCUGUGCUACUGAGCCAAGGUCAUAAAUGCCAGCCUGCUCUCUUUAGAAUUUUGUAAAAAUCCCAGACAUAUAGAGGAGGGGAGGUUGCACCAACUUUGUUUUAGAAGUUCAUUCCGAGCACACAGAUUUUGGUCAAUGUAUACACGCUUUAUUAACAGCCAUUUAUCUUUAUGCACAGCACACAAGCAGCAGCAGAGACUGACAAUGUUUUCAGACCACUGACUUUUCCGAAACUUUGCCGUUUAAUCUGGUUGACCUCCCUACCUCUUUUUCUGUUGCCAAUUCUGCUUGCUUCAAGAACCUGUCUGGAUAAACUUACUUGAAACAUGUAUACCUCUGGUAUGCAGCACCUUGUACUGCCACAAUAGGAUGGCACAGCUAUCAUCAGAAUUCCUUUUUUGCAAUCAUGUAGCACCCCACGUUUCAAUAGCUUUAGAACUUUAUGAAAAAUUCAGGAAUUGACAGGCAUGCAAGGUGGUACAGAGAAGAGGCGCGAGGUGAGGGCAGUAACAGGAGAUCCAGCUUUGAACUCAAUACUGCAACAGCAAGAAGCUAUCACUACAGACAUUCUCACCUUCAGAGUGACGGCUUUUUGCGAUGUGCCAAACUUUGCCCAAUACCAUUCAGUCUUUUCUUUUUUGAAAACAAACUGCAGGACUGGUUGAGGUGGUACACACAGAACUUUCACAAGUACUGACCAUGGAACUGCGAGUGUUCACCAGAAAAGAUGGAAACAAUGUUAGGUAGCAGUGAGUUACAGUGAGGAAUAUGUUUUACUAUGUUUGCCAUAAAGUACAAAGCUGAAAAAUGCUUUAAGUUUGUUUAUUGCU